UUUUUUGGCUUGGCCCAGUUUUCUUUCUUGAGAUAGCUAGAAAGUAGGAGUACACUAGUAUUUUUAUAUUAGACUAAUGCGAGAUAUUUAAACUCGAAUCUAUAGAAUAAAGCCUAUUUAUUUUAACUAAUGGGAUUACGCUGAACAUUCUGGGAAUUAAAAAACCCAAAGGUGAAAAUAUCCUUGAUAAAAUAGUACAGUCUACUAGUGGAAACAAUACUAUUAUCAACCACAUGCAACCCCACCUUUCUAUAAUAUAGGUUCUUGUACAAUCUUUCUCUUUAACUUCCUUGAAGCCUCCUUACAAAUCCAACCAACUUUGAUAUCUCAAAACAGCUAUGCAGCAAGAGGCUCUGCUUAGUAUAUAUAAGCAGAGAGUAAGAGGAAGAGGGCUAGCUUCUGAUUUCUGGACGGCCUUUGGUUUUUGGGUUUGCAUGUAAGAAACAGCUUCGUCUUGAGUAUCUUCCUGUAUUUCAUUUUUCGCACUUCGUUUGCUGCUUCUGUAUCUCUCCCCUUGUUUCUGUCUCUUAAUUUUCUUUUAUUUGUUCAUGUCAUAAAAGAAACGGAGGGAGAAAAUAGAAAGUGAAAAUCACUUCCCUUUUCAUUAUGCUUGAUUGGGGUUGUGCUUCUAAUUUUGGAUAUGCAUGCUUUCUAUUUAAGUGCUUUUUCCAGUUGGGUUUUGUGCAGGUUCAAUAACUUUUGAGUAUUAAAAUUGAUGGUUCUCUCUCUUUCUCUAGUCUUAUCAGCGUGGAAUGAGAUACUAAUAUUAACCGCAAGUUUUUUGGUUCAAAUGGGCGCCAAACAAGGGGAGUUAGAAGACUUGGGAAAAGGGUUAGAAAGGUCAAUAAGCUUCAAUUAUUGGGAAUUUACACAAUCAAAACUUGAAGCAUGUGAUCAUUCAAAGCGUAUAAAUCAUGAGACAUUGCAGAUAAAGAAACCUACUAUUUUGCUUCCUGAACCGGUUACGUUGUCUACUGACUCUACUCCGCUGCCGGUGAGCGAGCUCGAUGCCGCGGCAACCAAGGUCCAGAAAGUGUACAAGAGUUACAGGACUAGAAGAAACCUUGCAGAUUGUGCUGUUUUGGUUGAGGAACUAUGGUGGCAGGCUUUGGAUUUUGCAGCUCUGAAACGAAGCUCAGUGUCCUUCUACAACAUUGAGAAACACGAAAGUGCCGAAUCGCGGUGGUCACGGGCUAUGACAAGGGCUGCCAAGGUAGGGAAGGGUUUGUGCAAGGACGAGAAGGCUCAGAAACUAGCUCUGCAGCACUGGCUUGAAGCUAUUGAUCCCCGCCAUCGGUACGGACACAAUCUGCAAUUUUACCACGAUGUGUGGUCUAAUAGCAAGAGCACCCAGCCUUUCUUCUACUGGCUGGAUGUUGGUGAUGGCAAAGACACCAACCUCAACAAGUGCCCAAGAAGUCCUUUGCAACGCCAGUGCAUCCAAUAUCUUGGGCCUAAAGAGAGGGUGGCAUAUGAAGUGAUUGUGGAGAAUGGAAAGCUUGUGUACAGGCAAAGAGGAAUGCGUGUUGACACAGUUGAAGGGUCAAAGUGGAUUUUUGUUCUCAGCACAUCAAGAGCGUUAUAUGUAGGGCAAAAGAAGAAAGGAACUUUUCAGCACUCAAGCUUUCUUUCUGGAGGGGCCACAACUGCAGCAGGAAGAUUAGUGGCUCACAAUGGGGUUCUUGAGGCUAUUUGGCCAUACAGUGGUCACUAUCUCCCAACUGAGGACAAUUUCAAGGAAUUCAUCAUCUUCCUGAAGGAGCACCAAGUGGACUUAACCACUGUCAAGAUGUGUGCUACAGAUGAUGACAAAGCAUCAUUCACAGUUCCUUAUGAGGAAUCCAGUCUAGAGAUUAAUGAUGACAAUCCUGAUAGGCCUAAAAUCAACGGCUCCAAUGGCUCGAUUCCAAUAGAUCAUCAACACGAAUGGGUGGGGCCCAACAUAGCCAAUGCAGAAGGACCAGUAUGUGACCCGUCCAGGCGUCUGUCUUGCAAGUGGGCAAGUGGGCUUGGGCCACGUAUUGGGUGUGUGAGGGACUAUCCAGUUAAUCUACAGUGCAAAGCACUUGAACAAGUCAACUUAUCACCAAAAGUUACACUGAGCCGGCGUGGAAGCUGUGCUCCAAUCCCUUCACCUAGGCCAUGUCCAAAGAUCCGGGUCUCUCCUAGACUUGCCUUCAUGGGACUCCCUACCCCGACGGUAUUGGUUCGCGCUAAUUCCGCCAUGUGAGUUAAAGAUGUAAUUGGUUAUAUACAAUCAGUUACUCAAAAAAAUUUCUCCAGUCAAACAACUUGAUACUCUCGUAUGUACCAAUCAUAUGGCAUGAAGUUCAACCUUAAACAAGUAACUAUCCGCCUCGUCUACAAGUUGAAUUUGGCUGAGAGCACGGCUUAGGCAAAAAAAGUAGUGAAUCAGACGCUACGGUAACAUCUGAGACCAAUAUCGCAUUUUGAAUUCCUAUCCCAAUUCCCACAUGUACCUAAGUUUGUUAUUCUUUUAUUGUUUUUUCUUUAUGCAUUUUGAAACCCAAUAUCACUAGGCUUUUUUUUU